UCUCUUUCUCCUUCGCUGAGCUUUGCUGUCCUACUCGUUUCUCCCAUCUCCCCUCCUUCGGGAUCGUCAUUCUUUUUCUUUUCUCUGGCUGAGAUCGAUCAGUCAGAAGUCAUUCCUUGAACCCAACUGGCCAGCUUCGAUCAUUUCGUACUUUUGAUCCACCUUCCUUUCCAGUCAAUCUAAUCGUCUGAGUCGAUAUUGACGUCCUGUCUCUACUACUGAUCCAAUCAACAUGUUGUUCUCAAACUACAUCCGUGCUGCUGCCCUCUUCGCGGCCAUGGCCUCGGCCAUUCCCAUUGCUUUGCCCCCCACGGCCACUGAUGUGCAGGUCGAGACCGAGACGACGGUGGUGACCGAAGUCCUUGUGGCAGGUUCCCACGGUCAGGGCUCGCAUACCACCACCACCGUCAAGCCCACCACCACCACUGCGCAUCACACCUCAACCACCACUCACGCCUCGCCCACUGCCUCGGCCUCGGCCUCUGCCGUCGCCUCGUCCAGCAGUUCCGCCAAAGGAGGUCGGGUCGAGAUCGUCAACAACCUCAACCACACCAUCUAUGCCUGGUCCGUCUCCAACACUCAGGGCAAGAUGCAGACCCUCGUCCCCUCCGGCGGCACCUUCACUGAGACCUGGCGCACCAACCCCGACGGCGGAGGCAUCUCCAUUAAGCUCUCGUCUACCAAGGAGGUGAGCAAGGUCCUGCAGUUCGAAUACACCGCCGAGAGUGAGACCGUCUGGUGGGAUCUGUCGUGCAUCAACAUGGAAAAGAACUCCUGGUUCACCACCCAUGGCUUCUCCGCCACCCCCAGCAUCGAGUCCUGCCCUUCGGCCAAGUGUGCCGCAGGCGACACCAACUGUUCCGAGGCCUAUCAGAAUCCCGACGACGUCGACACUUUGAGCUGUUCGUCCGAUAGUGUGAUCAAGCUCGUGUUGGGUUGAUCGCUGCCCAAAGGGAGAUCAUCCGGUCUCUUUUCUGUCUCGUCGGACUUUUUUCUUCUCUUCACGCAAUGACAUGUGCCACUCGACGUUCCUCUUUUUCCUUUCCCUGGACUCUUGACAGGAUACCCAUCCCCACUUGAGCGUAUCUUCUUCACGUUCAAUUAGUAUCUCAUUCAAUUGAUUCGUAUUUGUAUGUCUGUACUUAUAUACCUUGAUUAUUGCCUCUGCGAGCUCUUCAUCCAACCGGUCUGCUCGCCGGGAUCGCGCCGGGCGCAUGCUCGUCCCGUAUCGGACGUUCGACAGCCGUGGGCCAAGCCCAUACCCAGAUCCCCAGAGAUCUCAUGUUGCAUACCUAGAUACGCACGCCAUGAAGCGACAUAUACAUUUCCAUUGGCA